GGGGCCGGGCCGGGGCUGCGCUGGCAUGGCGGAGGCGCGGCCGGGCGCAGGUGUGUUGCAUUUCAAUCCUGAUGGCGAUUCCAUUCCAGGAGAAAGACAGCCUGCAGAUGUAAAUUGGGUAAAUAAAGAGAGGAAAGACUCUAAAAGUAAUCAGCAUAGAAGUAAUUUGCAGUUUCCUAGUCUGUCUUCUGAAAGAAGUACAGAUUAUGAAAGCUCUUCCACAAAGCAUCGUGGUCUUCGUAAUUCAGACAGUCAGUAUGGGAAUUCUGAAGACUUCCACCACUAUUUUGGUAGCAGUAAAAGUUUGAAGAAUCGCAGCUUACAAAGCCAGAGGUGGCACAAGUCAAGAAAUGAUAGCACAUCUACUAGAAGUAAGGUGAGGCAAAGUACUGCUGAUGCUGCUGCCGGGCCGGGAAUUUCAGAUGCUGCAGUAGUACCUGGGAGAAGAGCACCUCCAAGAGGAUAUAAUGACUUUCUCUCCUCAGAGAGUGAUAGGGAGGUACCUAAUGCAGAUAGCAGAGGAGCAAAGCCAAAGAAAACACAUCUGAUGUAUGCAUCUGGAAGGGGUUUCAAGGAGAAGGGGAAGCAGGUUCAUGACCGGGAAAAGAGAGUGUGCUCCAGGCAGAAAGUAGAGCCCUUUGAAAAUGUUCCCUCUUUCGACUUGACUCAGUCUGACUCUUCAGAAUCAUCUGUUGGGAAGGCAUUCUGCGAUGCACCUCUUGGAAGUGGAGAUGAGCACAAAGGUUACAAUUAUGUAAACAAAAGAUAUCCCAGGAAGCCUGUGUGGAAUAAACCCCCAGCGGAAAAGGAGUGCCAGAAAAGACAUGAAUCUCACCGUACUAAAAAUAUCAAAGUAGGGAAGAAGUCUUCUCUUGCAUAUAGUCCAAAAGAGAAAAAUGAAAGGAAGAAAGAACUCUCUGUUCACAAAAAUGAUGAAACCUUGACAAGUGAAGUCAGGCAUCCGUUGUCCGAUUCUGUCAGGUGUAAUGGAAGGAAGUUCUUGUUAAAGAGCGAUCAGGCACCUGCACUUCAUUUCAGCUGGACUCAAUACUGGAAAAAGCAAAGUGAUGUACCAAAAAACAAGGAAACUCAUACAGGGUCCUUGAUUGAACAGCUGACCACAGAGAAGUACGAGUGUAUGGUAUGCUGUGAGGUGGUCCGGAUAGUAGCCCCAGUGUGGAGCUGUCAGAAUUGUUACCACGUGUUCCACCUGAAUUGCAUUAAGAAGUGGGCUCGCUCACCAGCUUCACAAGCUGAAGAUGGUAACAGUGGAUGGAGAUGUCCAGCUUGUCAGAAUGCUUCUACACAAGUUCCUAAAACUUAUACUUGUUUCUGUGGUAAGGUGCACAAUCCUGAGUGGAAUAGAAAUGAAAUCCCGCAUAGCUGUGGGGAACUUUGUGGAAAGAAGAGACAGUGUUCAGACUGUCCACAUCUUUGUAACAUACUGUGCCAUCCAGGACCUUGCCCUUCGUGCCCAGCCUUUGUGACAAAAACAUGUGAAUGUGGAAAAACAAGUCAUUCCGUUCGCUGCGGCCAAUCAACAAAAAUUCGUUGUUCUAAUGUAUGUGGAAAUACUUUAAACUGUGGUAAGCACAACUGUACUCAAGUGUGCCAUGCAGGAAAGUGUUCACCUUGCCAAUUAACAGUACAGCAGGUGUGUUACUGUGGAAGCAACUUUAAAGAAGUAUUGUGUGGGACAAAGGAAGAAUUCUCAGAUGGAUUUGGGAACUUCUCAUGUCAGAAUAUAUGUGGCAAGAAAUUGAACUGUGGGAGGCACAACUGUACCCAAGUGUGCCAUCCUCAGCCUUGCCAGCUCUGUCCACGGCUUCCACAAGUAGUGUAUCGCUGUCCCUGUGGUCAGACUCCUCUCAGCAAAUUACUGGAACUGGGAUGUGUUGAACGUAAAAUAUGCACAGAUCCUAUCCCAUCGUGUGGAAAAACGUGUGGCAAACCUCUUGCUUGUGGUAGCUAUGAGUUAAUUCAUACAUGUGAAAGCCUUUGCCAUGAAGGAGAGUGUAGACCGUGUUCUCGCACAUCAAAUAUUUACUGUAGGUGUGGCUUCAAAAAGAAGGAAGUCCCCUGUGCUCUCCUGAGAAAUAAAGCUGCUAUUACAUUCAUGUGUGACAAGAGAUGCAACAAGAAAAGGUCAUGUGGACGACACAAGUGUAAUGAGGUUUGCUGUGUGGACACAGAACAUAAAUGUUCUUUGGUUUGCGGGCGUAAACUCAACUGUGGGCUUCACAGGUGUGAGGAACCCUGUCAUCGGGGCAGUUGUCAAACCUGCUGGCAGACAAGUUUUGAUGAGUUAACUUGUUAUUGUGGUGAAUCUGUGAUUUAUCCCCCUGUCCCCUGUGGCACUCAGCCACCAGAGUGUAAAAAAACAUGCACCAGGCCACAUGACUGUGAUCAUCCAGUGUACCAUUCAUGUCACAGUGAGGAGAAAUGUCCACCUUGCACCUAUCUCACUCAGAAAUGGUGUAUGGGCAAGCACGAACUGCGGAGUAACAUUCCUUGUCAUCUCACUGACAUUUCCUGUGGACUUCGCUGCAAUCAGAUGUUAAAAUGUGGCAUGCACAAAUGCAAAAGGAUCUGUCACAAAGGAGAGUGUCUUAUAGAUGAAGAGUGUAAACAGCCAUGUACUAUUCCACGUCUCUAUUGUAAUCAUCCCUGUAUGGCUCCUUGUCAUCCUUCUUCCCCCUGCCCGGCAACAUCCUGCUGUGCAAAGGUUGAUCUUCAGUGUGAAUGUGGAAGGAGGAAGGAGAGAAUGAUUUGCUCAGAAGCAUCUAAUACAUAUCAAAGAAUAGCUGCUAUAUCUAUAGCCACAAAGUUAACAGAUCUACAGCUUGGGGAUUCGGUGGAAAUCAGUAGGCUUAUUACGAAGAAAGAAAUGAAGCAGGCAAGGUUGCAAUGUGAUGAAGAAUGCUUAGCUCUUCAGAGGAACAGACGUCUUGCUGAGGCUCUUGAAAUAGACGACAAUUCUGAUCCCUUCAAUGUCCGUUCUUCUGGGCCAAAGUACAGCGACCUUCUAAAAGAGGAUGCAAGGAAGGAUUUAAAAUUUGUCAGUGACAUUGAGAAGGAAAUGAGAAUGCUUGUGGAAGCUGUGAAUAAGGGCAAGCAUACAAAGAAGAGCCACUGUUACCCACCCAUGAACAGAGACCACCGCAGAAUAAUCCACGAACUAGCUCAGGUUUAUGGGAUUGAAAGUGUGAGCUACGACAACGAACCAAAGCGCAACGUUGUUAUCACCGCGGUGAAAGGGAAAUCCAUUUGUCCCAGCAAUAGCUUGACUUCUGUGCUAGACAAAGAAAUGCAGAGCAGGCCUCCACCUCCUAUUCCUCAUUACAAACAAGCAGAUAAGAGCAGUGGAAACAGUGGUUUAUCCAAGCCAUUAAAAGAAGAGCCAGUCAUUGACUACUUCGAUGUCCAGGACUGAAGUGCUUGGUAUAAAAUUAUGCUAUAGAAACUUAGAGGUGAAGAUAGCAACUUAUUGUGUGAGGUGCUUUCUGAUUAUCUGUCAAGUGAUCAGUUGUUCUGCACAUUCAUGAUGUAAGAUCCAAAGUCAGGUUGCUCAUGAUACUUCCAGGAGUGAGGGAGUUUUACAGUUGAACUGCAGAAUAACUGCUGUAGUCUAGCUUUUUAAACCUGGUUUGGUGCAAUUUUUUUAUCUGAUGUGCUGUUAGAAGGGUGUAGAUUUCCAUUGAUGCCUUUCAAGCAAGAAAGCUGGUAAGCAAAGAUAUAUUUUUGGCAGUAGUAAGGACAAUGAUAAGUCCCAAAAGAUUUAUUUUGACAUAUCUCACGCAACUUCAAAUAGAUGAGAAAGAUUCUGUGUUGAAAACACUGAGAGUAUUCUUUAAAGUAUUUUCAUAUUUUAUUAAUUCACUUUUGUGCUAAUGUAAACUUGAGAAUGUGAACUGCUCUUCUACAUGGAAGGAAAUAACCAAACUGAGUCCAAGUAUAUGUACUAAAUGCCCAUGAAGAGCACAGAAUUCCUUUGGUAUCUGAAGAGCCAGGAUUUGAGGAUGGUGAGGAAUUAAGACUUAUUUGAUGUGUAAAAACCAGUCCAAAAAAAACCCAACUCCACAAGGCCAAACCAAAAAUCCCAAACAAGAAUAAGACAAAACAAAAAGGAAAACCCAGCAGCCCCAAGAAACACAUUUCCAAACACCCAAACAAAACAAAACACUGCAAGGAAAUGACUACUUUGUUGUCGAAGACCUUGAACAAAAUCAGUCUUUAUAUAUAAUUUUGAUGUUCUGUUUGCUUUGAUUUGUAUUUAGAUAUUUUGGCUUGAUUGAUUGGUCUUCUGGGGUUUCUUUUUGCAUGAUUUUAUUGGGGGGGGGGAGUGUUACAUUUUCUUUUCCUGUACUGUGCAAGUUUACAGUGACUGCAUAAAGCUUGAUCCGAGUGUGCUAUGAAUUUGGAACAGCAUUUGUCAAAUUCAUGAGACCAGCCAAGUUGCUUGGCAGUGGAAGAUCUUUGUUGUAUGGGAAAUGCCAUCAACUAAAUGGGACAAUGGUUUAAACAGUGAAAGACACCAGAAUGGUCUCAGAGAUGCUGAAUUGUUUCCAGAUGAUGAAUUAAGGCAAGUGAGUAGCUCUCCGGGAGAGGAAAGUGCAGGUCUGAUCAGAAGAGGCAGCACAGCUCUGAACUUGACUAGUAUCUGUUUACUUGAGGAGAAGGCUUUUUGACCUAGUGACUUCAGUAACUGACACUGAUGCCCUCCUUGUUCAUUGUGGCUGGCUACAUUUAGCUCUAGAGGGGAGUCCCCAGUACAGCAUCAGAGGCUGCUGCUAGAAGUGGCUUAGCCUAACAAAGGAACAGUUACAGCAGAGGACUUGUCAUGUUUAUCUUUCAGCCUGCUCACUGCAGUGCAGUGUGAGAUGUGUUGCACACAUGGAAAGGCAUGAGAUGGAAGGCAGUUCUCCAUGCUUAGAUUCACCUAACAGUUACCAUAGCCUUAAAGGCAAAGCUUUCUUUGGCUGCAUUUCAUCUUGAAUAGCUGGUGGAACAGGAAAGAAUGAGCAGCAAAUUUUGCAGAUCAUAUCUAUGCCCCAAAGUGUCCUGCAAGUUGAAAUGUGUGCUAGUAUUGCCUGGUAUUUUUGUGUGCAGUCUUAAAUUGCCAUCUGAAACCUUUGCAAGUGUUAGGAACACAUACACUGCAGGUGAAAACUGUCAGAAUUCUCAAGCCUUAAGAGAAUUCAGGCUUCUAAUUUACAUGUAGUGCUUGCAAUUGGUUACCUUUCUUGCCUAAUUUUGUGAACAGAAAAGAAAAUUAAUAGAGCUUAAUAAACUUGUCCUUAAUUUCUACAAAGAAAUCAAUGUUUGAAACUGAACUUAGGAAAGCAGUGUAGAAUCACUAAGUUCAGCUGAAGGAAUACAUUGCUGGGCAUUUUCCUAGGAAUGUAUUUCUUCAUUCUCUUCACUGAGGGGUGUGCUCCAGUGUGUGCAGGCUGGAGCUCAGUGUGGCUAGGCAAAGGCUAAUUCUGGGCUUGAAGCUCAAGAGCUAGGUUGAUAUAAUGCUGUUUUCAAGCAGGUAACACCUCUUAGGGCAGGUACACAGUUAUACUGCAUAGGUCAGUUUGCAACAGGAGCUUACACACACUACUGGCAAAGAGAGUCUGAAGUUAGGUGCAGGUCCUCUGGAGCACACACAGGUGGUGCAUCUGUGUAUAGGUGUAAACCUAACAUGACAGAAUCCCAAAGUGAUUUAGCUGAUAAUAGGCUUCAGCUGUGUUACAUUAACUUCCACCCAGUUUCACAUGAAUCUUCAACCUGAAACAUCUCACUGACACCUCUGAUAUGAACUGUAACAUUUGAAUGGCUUUACUAGCAUUAUGUUUAGCUCAUGAAAAAACAGGAACUCUGGUGAGAUGCACUUCAGCAGGCAGUUACUCUGUCAGGUGUUUUUAAUAAGAAAACCCAGGUAAUCUUCACUUUCUCAAGGUGAGACUAAUAAUUAUUAACAAACCUGUUCCCACUGAGAAGGGGUAAUCUCAUUGCCAAGCCUGUUAGCUCUGUGAGUGUAUGGACCUUUUCUAGAUCUGUAUGUUAGGCACCUCUAAGUCAUGGCUGUUGGAAGGUGUCUCUAGGUAGGAAGCCAGGCACAGGUACAGAAACAUUUCUGUUUGAAAUGCAUUUUAAUAACUUGGUUAAAAAGGUGAUACCAUUUACCUGAGACAGUCAUACCAAAAAGAAAGUCUUGAUGUCUUCCCAGGACAUGGUGACACAGCCUUAAGAAGGAACUCAGCAAAGUUUAACAGUGGUGCUUUCCUCUCUGUUCUGGUUUGCUUUUGCUGCAGCAUAGCUGUGACUUUCAUAUGGAGUAGUACUAAAGGCUGUAAUUUUGAUAUCUAUGAUAACUUAUCUUCAUAUUGCACGUGUGCCUCAUGGAAAACAAAAACCAAUCCAAUAGCUGUUUUGUAAGUCUAAGCUGGCCUUUUAUCUAAUAGAAAAACAAGUGUAUAGAAGAAAUCCACUUGUCAGCCAAGUCCAUGGCAAAAAUCCUACUGACAUCACUGGGAUCCAAGUCUUAAAGCUUGCUCGUUGUUUUCCACAGCUCUAAGAAUAAAUAUUGCUCCUUGUCAGUGUGUUGGAAAAGAGCAUCCUCCACUAAGCAUCUUUUGCAACAGGUUGUGAUGUCAGUUGGAAUACAUGCAACUUCAUGAAGUGCUUUACAAAUGGUAUGUCAAGUAGGCUGUGCUAUUACCUAUCUAUAUUGUUGAACAUAUUUAAAGUGCUCUGAAUAUUCAGUGCUUGGGUUUAACCUACCAUUGUCUCAGCCGUGUAAGCAGACUUCAAUCCCACUGUUCCCGUGGCAGUUUUGUACAGUAUGCUGCAUAAUGAACUGAGCAAAGUAAAACUGUUCUAAAACACUUCUUCUUAAGUUAUUUGUUGAAAGUUUUCUAUUUGACUUGAUUUUUAUCAAGUUACUUUCUUUGCUUUUCCUGAAAUAAAUCUCCAUUGGUUGUUCGGUGCUUGGGAAUCGUUUGCAGGCUUUUAGCUUGGGAGUCCAAAGUUUGAAGGCUGAGAUAUUAGAGAGAAAAGAAACGGAUUCCUUUUUCUCACAUUUUGAAAUAGGAGCUGUGAUUUCCUGGAUUUAAAUUGAUUUUUACAUGAACACUGUAAGGAGACUGAACCAAGUAAAGAGAGACUCCCCAGGAAACAGAGUAAGGAUUAUCUGCUCUCUUACUGGGAUUCAGGUGUUCAGGAGAGAUAAUUUGUCUGAAUAAAAAUGUACCUUUUUGAUUGUCAGCAAAACCCUUUACUAUGUCAUCUUAAAUGCUACUUGGCAAUAAAAUGUAGGAUUUUAA